AUGAUUGAAGGUUUCGCUGGAGAGGGAAAGAGAGAUCGAGCACCGAAUCCAUGGCCUUCGCCAAACUCGAAUAACUUCAAUCGAAAAGCGGGAAAAGAGACCCGACAUACAGCAACAAGAGCAUUGAGAAGCUCGCAAUCUAAUCAAAAAACCAGUUCUAGAAACCAAUUAGCUCUACCAAAACCGAGAUCAGCUGAUAAUGCGAAUGCGACACGAGAGCUGAAAAAAAGUUUAGGGUUGAUUCCUCAUCAGAAACCAACACCGCUACUCCUAGAGUAUAAAGACAGUCGAAAUGAAACUAAAUCUAUCUCAACUGCAACUUCAUUGCAAAGUAUUACAUCGAUAAAUUCAAAAAAAUCGUGUCAACGAGAUAAAGAUGUAAAAACGAAGGACAAUAAUUCAAAGAGCUCAUACUAUGGUGCCUACUCUUACGGAAAGAAAAUUCCAUCACUUUGCGAUUCACUGUUCACCGAUUCUCCAUCGCCACGUGGGCUGACAAGAAACGGAGAAACUGCUCGGAAGCCAAUAAAGAAUUCUCCUCUUGCAAGUAUUAACAAGCCAAACUGUGAAAAUAAAAAAAUCGAAAAACCAGCGGAAGUGACCCAAAAGACACAACUUCAGGUUUUCGAGCCAGUCGAAGUUUAUCCUGACAUUAUAAAAAUCGAAACUCGUCGAACGAUUGUUCGUGAAGGAGGAAUCCACUCUGAGGAAACAAGCGUUAUUCAAUUUCCAAAGAAUCUCCCAUCCAAUGUUCAAGUCGUCACUGCUCAAUUUGUACCAUCAAAUCGACCAGAAUGA